UUUUGACGUCGAAUGUUUGAAUCGAAAAUAUUUACUUUAUCGAUUUUUCUUUUUCGUUUGUGUAAAUCAGUGUAGAUUGUGCAAUUUAAAAUCAGGAUUAAAUAAUUAUGUCUGCGCCUGAAACCAAAGAGGACAUAAUACAGUAUGUUCCAUUCACGUCGUUUGUUCACCCGUCCUUCUGGCACAGUUUAACAGAUUUGAAACUGAAUGUGGACAAAUUGAAUGAGACAACAAAGCAAAUUUACGGUCGAUUUUCCUAUCGAAAUGAUAUUGGCGCCGUGUUUGAGGUCGAUGGUACCUCUUUUAAUAAAGAACCAGAAGCAGAACUGCAGUACAUAAGCAUAAUGGGUACACUUAUGAACAAAAACACAAUAGAUGACUUCAAAUCAAUUGACAAAGCCAUGCUGCUCAACAGUGUGGGUGAAAUGAUAUGGGCUAAUAUAAAGAGAAGGAACUGGAUAAAUAACCCAAGCAGUCUGCUGAAUUUCUUCAUACUGUCUUUUGCUGAUCUAAAAAAAUUCCAUUACUACUACUGGUUUGCGUUUCCCUCGCCAAGUCAACCCACAGUCUGUUUAAAAGAGAGAAGCAAAAGCAUCAGCACACAAUUUAAUGAAAAACAGUUAGCAGAAUUAUCAAAAAGCUACCAACUAUUAGACCAAAACCAGAAAACCUUCUUUGUGAUUGAUAAACGAAAUGAUGUUAUCAGAGUAGAAACUUUAUCAACAGUUUUUGAUAAAACUGAUAAGUCAAACAUUGAUUUAUCAAAUAAGUAUUUAGCAUUUACGGAUCCUAGUGACAAUGAAAACCCUGGCUGGCCCUUGCGGUUGUUUUUAGCAGCUCUUUUGGAAUACAGGUCAACUUUGUGUGGAACUGAGCUAAAAGUUAUUGGUAUAAGAUGCAGCAAAGAUGGAGGCGUUGACUGUAGUCAUAUUUUUAAUAUAACAGUACCUGAGAAUGUCCAAUCUUCAGAAAAUGUAGGUUGGGUCGGUUGGGAAAGAAAUGAUAGAGGGAACUUUGGGCCUAAACUAGCGAAUAUGUCUGCCUCAAUGGAUCCAAUUAAAUUAGCAGAUACGUCAUCCGAUCUCAACAUAAAGUUGAUGCAGUGGCGUCUAGUCCCCGAUCUCAAUAUGCAAGUUAUGAAAGAUACCAAAUGCCUUUUACUAGGAGCUGGCACUUUAGGAUGUCAUGUAGCGAGAGAUCUUUUGGCAUGGGGGUUCCGUCACAUAACCUUCGUGGAUAACGGCAAGGUUUCAUAUUCCAACCCGACGCGACAAGUCUUGUUCAAUUUCCAAGACUGUCUCAACGGCGGCAAACGCAAGGCGGAAGCGGCAGCCGAAAACUUGAAACUUAUUCUUCCUACUGUGCAAUCAGAAGGCCUAGACCUCCACAUUCCAAUGCCCGGGCACCCGGUAGGCGAGUCUCUGAAAGAGGAAACGAUCAAUAACAUCCACCAACUGACUGAAGCCAUAGCCAGCCACGACGUCAUAUUCCUUCUCUUAGACACGAGAGAGGCGAGGUGGUUACCCACUCUAAUUGCAGCACAUUAUGGAAAGAUAGUAAUAAAUGCUGCGCUAGGCUUCGACAGCUACCUGGUGAUGCGGCACGGAGUACGCUGUGCCAACCCUGAGAAUACCACCAUACACAGCACAUACGUGCCGGGAGACCAACUCGGCUGUUACUUCUGCAAUGACGUCACUGCCCCCGGGAACUCCCAAAAAGAUCGUACAUUGGACCAGCAGUGCACGGUGACGCGGCCCGGCGUGGCGGCCAUAGCUGGCGCGCUGGCGGUGGAAAUACUCGUGGCGUUGUUACAGCACACACUUAGGGUACAAGCUCCAGCCCUAUAUUACAUAUCGGAGGAAGAAAUUGACCCCCAAUUCCAAGGCAUCCUUGGCCCGAUACCGCAUUCCAUACGCGGCUUCCUACAUUCCUACCAAACAGUGGUGCCAACAUGCACGAAGUUCAAACAAUGUAUAGCCUGUUCCGAUGUCGUCAUAGACAAGUAUAGAGCGGAAGGCAUAGAGUUCUUACUGAAUGUCUUCAAUAGUGGCACCUAUUUGGAAGAAAUAACUGGGUUGUCUGAACUGCAACUGACCGCGGAAAUGACUGAUAUUCUCACGUUUUCCGAUGAAGAUCAAGAAAGUACUUAAUAAAAAAAUAUAUAUUCUAUCAAUGUAAACAAAUUUUUCGUACACAAAAUUUAAUCUACAAAAAAACAAGACAUCCUUUUCCUCUAAGAGCGUUGUAAAAAGGAUAGCCUCACUAUAAUGGCCUGCGCAGACUAGAAACUAUUGUCCGCGGGGUACAAAAAUGGGUCACUAAGGCCGGGCUGCAUUACAGCGGCGCUGCACUAAGCCCCAAAAUAUUAUUUCAAUCAUUUCGUAUGGCGCAUGUCGCACUAAAGCUGCACUGCAAAGCGCGUCGUGACAUACAGACCGCUCACUAUAAUUUGUAACAGUCAUGUUGGCAUCAUUGCUUUGUUAGCUUUAUUCCUUGAAACUUAGGUUGAAAUCUAUAGAUUGCAACUUUGAUUUUGCUAAGACUUAAGUUACAGUUAAAAUGAGACAGAUUUAUGCCAGCGGCAUAACGCUGUCUCGUUUUAACAGUGUCUUAAGUAUGAGCAAAGUCAAAAUGCGCUUUAUAAAAUCUCACCCUUAGUGUUGAUUAUUGUGUGGCCUGCAAUGUUGCCAACAUAACGUCAUGGGACAAGAAGAAGACGGUCUGUAGAGAAUAUUCUGACGCAAAGCAGCAGGCCGCGCAGUGUCACUGCUAUGAUGCGGUCCUGGAUGAUGUCCUCCGCUGACAAGUCCCUUGUCUGCGCAAGCCUUAAGUAAUCAAAUCGAUUGUUCAAGUGUUUUGUGUACUACAAAGUUGGUGUCAAUGCAUUUGCUAAGAUUCCUAUAUCUCAAUGACGCUUAGCAAAAAAAAUCUCAGCACAAUCUCAUUGUUGUGAUAUACUUAUUUGUAAAUGUUUGGUUUGUGCUUUAAUCAUAAACAUGAUAUAGAAUUGGAGUGUUCUUGCAUUGCAUUGUCAUUUAAAUAAUAAAAAUAGGAAAGCAUUUAAUAGUGUUAUAAAAUUAUAAUCUAUUUUAUUGUAUUGUCUAUUUUAUUUAUAAUAAUAUUAUGUAAGAAUAAUUUAUUGAAUAUAAAAGUUCCAAUAAAAAUGUAUUGCAUA